GAGGAAGCCGACAAAGGCGAAGUCACCAAGCAUGAAAACCUGGUAAAGGAGGAAGCCGAGAAAGGCGAAGUCACCAAGCAUGAAAACCUGGUAAAGGAGGAAGCCGAGAAAGGCGAAGUCACCAGGCAUGAAAACCUGGUAAAGGAGGAAGCCGAGAAAGGCGAAGUCACCAGGCAUGAAAACCUGGUAAAGGAGGAAGCCGAGAAAGGCGAAGUCACCAAGCAUGAAAACCUGGUAAAGGAGGAAGCCGAGAAAGGCGAAGUCACCAAGCAUGAAAACCUGGUAAAGGAGAAAGCCGAGAAAGGCGAAGUCACCAAGCAUAAAAACCUGGUAAAGGAGGAAGCCGAGAAAGGCGAAAAAGGAGGAAGCCAGGAUGAAAACCUGGUAAAGGAGGAAGCCGAGAAAGGCGAAGUCACCAAGCAUGAAAACCUGGUAAAGGAGGAAGCCGAGAAAGGCGAAGUCACCAAGCAUGAAAACCUGGUAAAGGAGGAAGCCGAGAAAGGCGAAGUCACCAAGCAUGAAAACUGGAGGAAGGAAGCCGAGAAAGGCGAAGUCACCAAGCAUGAAAACCUGGUAAAGGAGGAAGCCGAGAAAGGCGAAGUCACCAGGAAUGAAAACCUGGUAAAGGAGGAAGCCGAGAAAGGCGAAGUCACCAAGCAUGAAAACCUGGUAAAGGAGGAAGCCGAGAAAGGCGAAGUCACCAAGCAUGAAAACCUGGUAAAGGAGGAAGCCGAGAAAGGCGAAGUCACCAAGCAUGAAAACCUGGUAAAGGAGGAAGCCGAGAAAGGCGAAGUCACCAAGCAUGAAAACCUGGUAAAGGAGGAAGCCGAGAAAGGCGAAGUCACCAAGCAUGAAAACCUGGUAAAGGAGGAAGCCGAGAAAGGCGAAGUCACCAAGCAUGAAAACCUGGUAAAGGAGGAAGCCACCAAGAGAAAACCUGGUAAAGGAGGAAGCGAAGUCACCAAGCAUGAAAACCUGGUAAAGGAGGAAGCCAGAAAAGUAGAGCACACCUAUCAAGAAAACAAAGAAAGUGGGAUCGCGGAGAAAGGCGAAGUCACCAAGCAUGAAAACCUGGUAAAGGAGGAAGCCGAGAAAGGCGAAGUCACCAAGCAUGAAAACCUGGUAAAGGAGGAAGCCGAGAAAGGCGAAGUCACCAAGCAUGAAAACCUGGUAAAGGAGGAAGCCGAGAAAGGCGAAGUCACCAGGCAUGAAAACCUGGUAAAGGAGGAAGCCGAGAAAGGCGAAGUCACCAAGCAUGAAAACCUGGUAAAGGAGGAAGCCGAGAAAGGCGAAGUCACCAAGCAUGAAAACCUGGUAAAGGAGGAGAGGAAGCCGAAAAGCGAAGUCAACGUGCCGGGAGGCAUGUGA